AUGUCUUUACAUCAUAAAAUCUUUUCAUCGUUGGAAUCAUUGAAAUCAAUUGAUUCUUUGUUAAUUUUUUUUCUAAGUCUCGUGAUAAUUUACGUGACGCAAUUUUAUUACAAGUACUAUACAAGAAUCAAUCCAUUGCCAGGACCAUUUCCACUCCCACUUAUUGGUAACUCGAUUGAAUUCCAUAGGAAUAAUGGAAAUCUACAAACAUUUCUUGUUGAAUUGAAUCAUAGAUAUGGUGCAGCGUUUGAGGUGUAUAUUGGAGGAUCUAGAAGAAUAAUUUUUUGUGAUGUGGAACAUGUUGAUAAAUUAUUUACUCAUGAUGUUAUAUCAGUGGUGACGACAGGCGAAAGAGCCUAUUCAAUGGCGUGUUAUUUAAAUACACUCUGCGACAAAAAUCUUGAUUAUCCAUCAACAAUUUUAGGAGAUUCAGAAAGGUUUAUCGAAGGAGUUAGAACGCAUUUUCUUGGCGCUCCAUUUUUUAUAGCAGUGCCAAAUGUUAUCAGACACUAUUUUCCAAUGGCAAAAACCAGAUCCAAAAAAAUAAUUGAUAAUAGAACGGCAAAUUUGUUUUGUGUUAUUGCAUAUUUUCUUGCCAAAAAUCCACUCGUGAAAAAGAAGAUGGUGGAAGAAAUAGAUUCCAUAUUUGACGGCGAUAAAACACGUGAGAUAACACACGAAGAUUUGAGUAAACUCAGGUAUUGUGAUGCAGUCAUAAAAGAGGUAGAUCGAUUGGUGCCUAUUUCUAAUACGAUAUCAAGAUACAGUACGCGUAAGGAAGAGGUAGGAGGAUAUGAAUGGCCGGCUGGACCUCCUUUAUUGGCAGAAGUUGAGAACCCUCAUUAUGGAAUUCCUCAAAAUUAG